AUGCAUCUCGGCAAGAUUAUUCAACGGGAUUUCUUUCCCGAUUUGGACGCAGCUAAAGGCGGCAGUGUUCCGGCGCCCGAAACUCCUGAUGGGGGACCUUCAACUCUAAGUACUCCAAACAGGACCAAGGGUCUCCCUUCGAGAAAUCCAGAAUUGGACCCAACUGCUAUGAACCUAGACAAGUAUCUGGCCAACAAUACCACCGAAGACAAUGCUUCUUUCAUCGAAAUAAUUGAAGAUGCGGAUAGGAGGCGUGGGGCCAAAUUGUCGGAAUUCUUUCCGCGCUAUGCACCCGAAGCGCUUACUACUGCGGAACAAGCCUUGGCCAUCACAGACGGCUCUUCAUCCUCCCAAUCAAAGCUAGCUGACGACGCUCCCAGGUCUCUUGCCAGUUUAACAAGUAAUAAUACCGUCCACUUCCUGCCUGACGGUGCCGCACCGACUGCGGAGGAACUGGCGGAACACUUUAACCGGGAACGAAAAAUCUGUCCGGCAAAUAGCCGAUUCAAGCGGCCUCUGGCACCACCACGGGACAAGAAAAAGCUGUUUGGUGGUCCUGCAGGU